GACGAAUUGUCGCACAGCUAAUGAUGGCUACCCGUCUGAGGCCUUUUGCGCUUUUGCAACAACUGCACCACCGCGCACUCCGCGUUGUUCGCUUCUUCGAUGAGCAUGGGCAAGGGAAAGAUGUGGUCGCAGGACCGUGCCAUGUCGGUGGGCGAGUCUCCGCCACCGCUGCUGAUCCCUCUUCAGUCGGGCCAGAAGGACAUCGCACCCAUUUACAAGUUCGUUCUCACUGGCGGCCCGUGCGCCGGCAAGACCACGUCGCUCGACCGCCUCUCGACCUUCUUCCGGGAUCGUGGCUUCCGAGUUUAUGUCGUGCCAGAGGCCUCGACGCUUUUGCAAACCGGUGGCGCCUUCUUUCUGUGAGUGGCGACAAUGCUGAAAUGGCGAACAGCUUGUCGCUUUAAGCUUAUCUUUUGCUUUUCACUUUUUGCCACUUCUACCAGUGACCUCCAGGAGAAGGACAUUCUCAACUUCCAGUGGCAAAUUCUAAAUCUCCAGAUUUCGCUCGAGGACUCGUUCUAUUCACUGGCGCAGGACAGUGGCAAGCCCUGCGUGAUUCUGUGCGACCGUGGCGUCAUGGACGGCUCAGCCUAUAUGACACCCGAGCAGUGGGAAGAGCUGAAACUCCAGCACGACCUGGACACCGUCACGCUUCGAGACACGCGCUACAUUGCCAUUUUCCAUUUAGUGACAGCAGCUGACGGUGCUGAGAAGUUUUACUCGCUGGAGAAUAAUGGUAUACGCAUUGAAUCCAUUGAGCAGGCACGGGCUAUUGACAAACGCACUUGUCAUGCCUGGAUCGGCCACCCGAAGCUCUACGUGUUCGACAAUUCAACCACAUUCGAAGGCAAGAUGCAGCGCCUGGUGGACACGGCGGCGGGACUGUGUGGAAUCCCCACGACUGUCAGGGCUUCCCGCAAAUAUCUGCUGGCCAAGACACCGAUCGAAAUCCCAUUCCAUCACGAGGAUUUUGAGGUGGAGAAGGUGUACCUCAAACCCGAAGCUGCUAAGACGAGCAAGGACUACUCAUUUGUACGUUGCCGUUCGCAGUACGGCAUCCCUGCCUAUGGCAUGACCACCGUUCGUUACUUGGACACUGGUGAUGCAGUGCACUUGAAGCGCGUUCUCAGUGCGCGCGAGUAUUCAUACGCUGUAAGACAUCGCUGUGACCCGACGCGCAAUGUGAUCAAGCAGCAGCGUAUGUGUUUCCUUUAUAAGAACCAGUCGUUCCAGAUCCACGUCUACAAGGAACCAGCGGACCUUGCGGGACUCGCUGUGCUGCACGUGCAGGCGUCGUGUGAAAAUGACCAGGAUAUCGUGAUGCCGUCGUUCCUGAACAUUGAAAAAGAGUUACCUGACACCGAUGAGACCAUGUCGGCCUACAACGUGUCGAAGAAGAAUCUCUUGGGCGAACUCGAGAGGAAGGAGUCGGCGGAGGUGUAGACUCCGGACGUCUUCGUUACAUCUAGAAACUACAUCUAAGUGGUCGUUUGGCAGCAUGCUGGAGAAUCAGCAUCUAGCUGGAGCUCUUCCAUCCUCUUGAAGUCCACGCGAAUUCAAAACAAGGGCGCGUUUAUAUGGUGAAGUGUUUCAGUACACUGCAUUUUCACCUUGUGCUAUGCCUAAGACCCUGGCAUUCAUUGUUACACUUUCAGCAUAACACCAUUGCGCUAUGAAAAAGCGCUAUAGUCAAUUGAACACCACGCAGAUAAGAAUCAAAAACUACUACAGUACUUAGUAAAAAUAAACGACAUCGGCGAUCAGCGUGUUCGUGUUUCCCAC